AUGAAUAUAUGUGGGAUAGCCAACAUUGGAAAUUUUAUAUGGAAAUCACAAAAUGUUCCUGGUUUUGGGUUCCAACAAUUACGCAACAAAUGGGCUAAUCGUUGGAUGAUAAGGGAUGUAAAGAGAAGGCGUUUAAAUGGCGAAAAUUUUUUGGAGAGAACUAGAAUUAAUGCCCUUAGAAAGAACACUGUAUUACCAAUUGAAAUUAGAGAGAUUGCUGACAAAGAAAUAAACAAAUUUGAAUUAAAUGCAACUCCACUUAGAAUUAACAAUAGAUGCUCUGUUACAUCCAGGCCAAGGGGUAUUGUAAAAGAAUGGAGGUUAAGCCGCAUUGUGUGGAGACAUCUUGCCGAUUAUAACAAACUCUCAGGAGUACAGCGCGCAAUGUGGGGUUAG